AUGACAGGGGAGUGGAGAGUGGAGUCAUUCCAGCGCUCUCAACUUCUCAACACGAAAUACGUUCCUAGGCACUCCUGUAGGACCUAUCGCGAUUAACCGCCUUAAUCUGGGUUUUGUUUCGUUUCUUCGUUUUUUCACAGGAGUUGUUCUUUUUAACGCGGUGGAAGAAAACAUUGGAAUGUAAAUGUUAUCAGGAUGACUACAGUUUCAAAGGACUUUGCCGACGAGUCCUGAGCGGAUUUUAAGGAUCUUUGGUGCCCAAAGCCCAAGAAAAAACGCUUUUUGGAUAUUUUAGUCUGUCUUUAAAUUCCACCUUUUUUUAACGUGCUAAUGUACAAGUGACGCAUUACUAGCCAUGGUUUUUGACUCACAGGGGAAACUGUCGGAGUCUUUGCGGUUUCUCCGCUUUAGUGGAAAAGCUGAGAGAAGUGUGAACUUAAUUGGGUGGUCUUCAUCGAGUCACUGACGGGUGACUCCGCGCAGAGUUCACGGUGUGCUGUAGUGGCACUGUACUUUAAUGAAAAGUAUUAGUGAAUAUUUGUCUCUAAUGCUGCGGGUGGGUCAUGAAUCUAUGACCUCCGGCUGCGCAUGCUGUGCGCACCGCACACAGACUCCUGUUCUCGUGCGGCGAGUAUAAAUCCAUGAGGAAUCUCCCCCGGAUCCGAACUGGACCAAUACGACACAUUCAAAACUGACUAAGUUGUCGUAUGUUCAGGUCUAGACGCUCAACUCUUGUACGGCGACUCUGGAGAAGCCGUCUGGUCACCGAUAGCGAGGGACGAGAUGGAGGCAAACGAGCUGGGGGGGAUCAGGACGGGUCCUACGGCCGGGACGCAGAAGACAGUCACAGCGGAGCGGAGCGGCGGCCGGUGACCCGCGAAGUCCGGCCCCUGGGAACUGUUACCGGGGAAGCACACAGUGGACACCUCGGGGACGGCGUCGCGCAGGAGGGCUACCCCUCGGAGCAUGAGCGGGGGGGCAUGUGUGUCCCGGAGCAUCGCUGCUCGCGACGGGGACAGGACAGUGACGGCAGGACGGUGACGUGUUGUGUGUUUAGGGAAUGGAACCUCAGACCUCGGCGACCGUACUCGGCCUUAAGGAAAGACGGAGGGGGGUCUUCGUGUCGGUGUUGUCCGAGGCACAAACGCCUCGAGGGAAAUACUUUGGGCGAGCAGGAACUCAAGAACAUGGUGCACGCACUGUUAAAGAGGUUACGCGAGAAUCACCUCGAAGCCUUGCUGAAGGCCAUAGAGACCAAAGGGGGACACCCCGGUGAAUGUGUUAUGAUGCCGCAGUCGGACGCUGAUAUCCAGAGCGCCCCCCAAUUUCUACUUUGUAAGCUUUAUCGCUGGAACGACCUUCAACCAUCGGCCCAGCUGAAGGUGUUGUGCCACUGCAAGAGUUUCCAUGCAGUGGACAGCGCGCAGGUGUGCUGCAACCCCUACCACUACAGUCGUUUAUGUGGGCCAGAAUCACCUCCUCCCCCAUACUCUGUGUCCCAUUCAGAUGCACACAAGCCACUGGAAUCAACUCAGUCUUACACUGAAACUGUACCCCUACAUCACAACAACCACCCUCAAGUCCCCCCCAGAGACUACACUGACACUGGUACCUCCAUCGGCUCCACCACCUCCGGCGACCGCCGCUCCCAGUGGUGCAGCGUGGCCUACUGGGAGCAGCGGACCCGCGUGGGCCGCCUCUACGCGGCGCGCGAGCCCUCGCUCGGCAUCUUCUACGACCUACCUCAGGGCACGGGCCUCUGCCUGGGCCAGCUGCACGCCGACGCCUACCAGCGUCGGCGCCGCCGCCGCGGCGACGGCGACGGCGACGGUGAUUCGGACCCCGACGGCGAGCCGGCGCCGGCGGCGGACGCGCAGGGCGCUCGCCGCGGGGGCGUGGCCAGCGGCGUGCGACAGGUGCGCGACAAGAUCGGCCACGGCAUCGCCCUGAGCCAGGAGGCGGAUGGCGUGUGGGUGUACAACCGCAGCCAGCACCCGGUGUUUGUCCACUCCCCCACCCUGGACCUGCCCGGCGCCCGCGGGGGCCUGACGGUGCGCCGGGUGGUGCCGGGCUACUCCCUCAAGGUGUUUGACUACGAGCGCUCCGGGUGGAUGGAGGAGCACGGCGUGAAGCCCGAGGGCCAGGAGGGGCCCUGGGACCCGCGCAGCGUGCGCAUCAGCUUCGCCAAGGGCUGGGGCCCGUGCUACUCCAGACAGUUCAUCACCUCCUGCCCCUGCUGGCUGGAGGUGCUGCUGAGCAGCCACAGAUAGCACACACACACAC